AUGCCCAACGCGGCAAACCUCCCACUCGCCACACGCUCACAUUUACACCCACGCACACGCUCACGCCGCUCACAACGCUCACAAUACUCAUACUUGCCCUCACCUAUGCUCAUACUCGUCGCAUACUCGUACUCAGAGUCAAAGUCGGAGUCGGAGUCGGACUCUUCUCCACCCAAGCCCGAGCCCUCACGCGCAGGUAACCUCAAAAACCUUCUCCAAAGCAUACCUCGCUACAUCCAACACCCCUUCUUCUUCCAACUCACCGCCGCCCUCCUCUUUCAGUUUCCCCUCCCCCUACCCUUCCCCCUUUCCACCCUCAUCACCCUUAUCUCCCUCUGCUACCUCACAACCGUACCCAUGCUCAUACUUGCCAAAUACAUCGAUCGGCUCAGCGAAUACCUCGCGCUGAGGGGUAUCCCGGCGGGCAAGGAAAGGGACGCCGCGCGAGCGCAGCAUCGCCGUGCGCUGGCGGCGCUUCAUAGCGAUAUGGAGCGGAGGAUUUAUGAGUGGCCCCGUCGGAUGUUUUCGAGGGGUCCGGCAAUGCAGGACUCCCGCGCUGAUUCGUCUCCUCCUCCUCCUCCUCCUUCUCUUCCACGGUUGGUGUAUAAUGAUGAUGAUGCGAGUUAUGUCAGUGCUAGUGCUGCGACACCCCACUAUGCGGAUGUAGCGCGUCGUAAACGAAUCAUGGGCCUUAUUCGGGCUGAUUGA